UAUUCACCAUUUGCCCUACCCAUUUACCCAGCAUAUUAUUGUUCAGAAGCUGUCGAGGAGGCUCCAGAAACUCACAAUGAGCAAAUAUUUGUUGGAAAGUUGUUCAUAUUGACGUCAGCAAAUCGGCCAAAUACUGACACCGGAUUCAAGAAGAAGUUCAUGACCGAUUUCAUUUCCACUCAUGGAGGCUUGGUUGUGGAUGAUAUGAAAGAGGUUGACGAACAUCCAGAAAUGGAAAGGUUCUUGAUCUCGGACACUCACUACCGUACACAUAAAUAUUUGGCUGCUUUGGUUCGAGCUAUGCCAUGUGUGUCUCACGAAUGGAUAUCAAAAUGUCUAGAUGAGAAGAAGCUCGUGGAUUAUAAGCCAUUUUUGUUACCAUCUGGUGUUUCGAUUCUCGACGAGCGGGAAUAUCCUCUACCUACAAAACGUGGACUGCUGCUUCGCAAUAAACGAGUAAUGGUCCAUUCAAAUGUCACGCCACCAAGCAAGAAAUCAAUGUCCUUCGAGCAGAUUUGGGUCCCAAUGGUACCACAGCUUGGAGGAGAAAUUGUUACUGAAAUGCCCAACGAACAUGGAAAGCUCGACAUCCUCCUUACUGAUCAUUCGGCUACUCCUAGCCUUGUUGAAAAAGCGCGAAAGAUUGGAUGUGUCGUUGUUUCAUCGGAAUGGUUGAUACAGGGAAUCAUUAUGGAUCGCCUUCCUGAUGUGAACGCCCAUCAAAAAUUCUUACAUAACGGUGGUGUAUGCACGUAA